UCUGUUCUUCUUGUUGGUAAAAUGGCGGAGGUCAGUCGGAGGGUUAUUGGCAACGGAAUCCACCGGCUGACAGUUUUCAGAACCAGCCCAAAUCGUCUGCUAUGUGCUGAAGAAAGUCCCGGAGGUCUCGUUAUACUCUGUGCUUCUUCUCAUAGUCCAGUUAAAGGGGAUGACGAUGUUCAGGUUCUGUCAAUAAACAGAGCAGGACUCGUAACAGAAAAUCUUUCCAAAUUGAAGGAAGCUGAAAAUCAACAGAAAUAUGUGGUCUUUCCUGAUGCAUCUUCUUUUCAUCUGCCCUCAUCUCUAAUUUGCUGUGCUGACCCUAUAAAGAGACUACAGCCCAGCAGAACAGGACUGCUCAUCUCCUCGGGGCUCCUUCAGGAGAAGCUGCUGACAGACAGCAGGUCUCCCUGGACCAGAGGAGCUGUUUUCAUCCACUCUGAUGCCUUCAGGUGCCAUCAUCAGCUCAGAAGUCUCUGCACCGGCCUCUUCGUUCUGACAGACAUCAGAUCAGAGGAUCUGAGUCGCAAACUGAGAUCUGGUCACAAUUUGAGAGGGUCAGCACAGACCAGAGGUUUCAGCUGGAGGUCAGACGGGUCUUCUCACCUGCACAGAAGUAGGACGACCUAUUAUGAUGUCCUCAAAGUGUCCCCCAACGCCACCCAGGCCCAGAUCAAAACGGCAUACUACAAACAGUCCUUCAUUAACCACCCUGACAAGAACGCGGGCAGCAAAGAGGCCACCAAGCGUUUCUCUGAGAUCAGCGAGGCCUAUACCGUCCUGAGUGACGUCAACCAGAGGAGGAGGUACGACCAGGUCAUCCUAAACCAGUCUGACCUCCAYAGUGCAGGGAGACCAUCCCAUAAAGAGACGUCCAGUAGAUUCAAAGGUCACCAACAACAACAGAGAGCCAGACACUUCUACCAGCCYGAUGGACGGCCCAUCUAUGAUUUUGAUGCCUACUACCGGGCUCAUUAUGGUGACCAGCUGGCAAGAGAGUGGGCCACGAGAGCCAAGAAGAAGCAGGAUGAGGAGUGGAUGAAGGAGAGAGAGCUCAUGUGGAAGCAGGCGAAGCUGUUCACUUUGACUUAUUUUAUGAUGGUGACCGUGGCCGGGAUCCUUUUUUACAGUGCGGCCAAGCCUUGAAGUGGCAGCUGGUUUGGGGCCUGAGGUGGAGUCUGAAGAUCAGCAGCUCUCCAGCACGGUGGUGGGUUGAUGAGGAUUUGGUUUUGCAGCCAUUCACCAGUUUGUGACUGGAUUCUCUCAGUCUCUGAGCUGAAUAUCUUUGGUGCAAUAAAGCCUCUGCUGCUCAA